AUGUUUUACAACAUCAUGGAGGCUGCGGCUGAGGCCGCCUUCAACGUGGACCGCCGUCGCCUGCAGCAACCCGUUCGGGCAGUGGCCUUGGCUGAGGAUGCAAGAGGCGGCUUCGAGCUUUUGAAGGUGCGGUACGUCAUGGCCGACUGGUCCGUUCAUUGCCGCAUGCUAGACCUGGCCACGGCUGAGAAGGCCGCACUGGACAAAGCCAGAUCGCUGCCUGACACCCUGGCCAGCUUCUUGCCGGAGGAAGCCCUCCGGAAUGCUUUCAAAGACAAGAUCCGCAUCUUUAUGGCCGACGGGGAAUUUAGCGAGCCUCUGGCGGCACGGCUGAGUAAAGUCCAGGGAACCCUGCCGGGAUUGAAGGCGAUUAUGAGAUGCUCCGUCCAUAGUGGACAAAGGUCGCUCGAAAAGGCCUUGUCGUCUGACCCGGAUGUGCAGGGUCUUCUCCAGAGCUGGGUGCUUGGAUUUUCCGAUGGCAGUGGGAAAAAUCCAGGAGGAUUUUGCAGGGCUGUGCGAAACUCGCUGAAGCUCCAGCGGCUGACGGCAGAGAAGCAGCUUGAGGGUGUGGACGAAAGCCUGAGGCGAUUGUGUCACUUCGGCUUUGCACCCCAACGUUUCAACACCGUCUGCGAUGCUUGCGUCAACGUGGCUGAGAACAUAGAUGCGGUCUGCAAUGUCCUGAGCCAUCUCGCAGCGGUGGAUGAUGCACUGUCAGGUUGGGCCACUAAGCUUCUUCAACAAUGCUUUCAGCCGGAGAAGAAAUUCAACCACUCACUGGACGGCCAACAUCUGCGAUUGGCUGCGACAGCCCACAAUCUUCAGCAGCUCGAGCGUCUGAUCAAUCGACUCUUCGACUUUCGGAGUCCGGCAGGAGAGCUGCAGCAGCCGCUGGUUCUGGAUGAUGCCUAUGCACAUGGCUACGUGCAAAGACUGCAGGCGACUCUAAAGCUUGAGCAGAACAAGUGCCUGGUUGUAAAGCAAAAGAUGAUCUUCUGGCACAGCGGCGCCAACAGGAACAAGAUACGUUCCUUCGUGGCCAAAGAACUCGGUGCCAUUCGCAACAUCGCUCAGCUUUUUGUUCAAGGCCUGAAAGCCGAUGUGGAGGUUGGCGUCCAGGCAUCGCUUUCUCCGUUUGAUGUCAACCAUACCCUGUGCAGCGACGAAGCUUUGCCAGAGCCUGACAUCUUCAAGCCGCUAGCAGAGGCUGCACAAGUGGAGGUGACACAGCUGGCCAAAGAGUUCCUCUUGGCACGUCCUACAGCCUUGCUGGUGAAGUCACAGCCUCCCGGCGACAAGACCGGAGGCGAGGAUUUGAAUGAGAUCUGGUCCAGGACCAUGCGGCAUUGGUCUGACAAACUCCCGGCUUUGUCUGAAGCGGCUGCCCUCGUCCUGAGUUGCUUCCCGAGCACCGGCGAGAUUGAGCAGAAUUUCAGCUGGCUGCAGCAGUUCUCGGAGGGGUCAUUAAUGAAGGUCCGCCUCGACGGGCCGACAGCCGACCAACUCGUCUGUCGCGAGCCCCACAGCAUCCUCCCGAGAAAGCCGUGCCUGAAACUGCUGCAAGAAUACCGUCGCCUGUUUGCUCCGAGCGGCGGCUCGCAAGGAUGCCGCAGCUCACUGGGUCGUCGGGUUCUGAACGGCCGCCUGAACCCGCUUUCAAGAGCUGGCUUGAAGCGACAGCGAGGGCUGGAGCAGCAGCAACUCUUGCAACAGGCGCCGGCGGAGUCUCAGCCUGAAGACCUCGCUACUUUGGAGGCUGAAGCCGGCGAAUCAGCCAAACGUCGCAGGACUGACAAGCAAGUUAGCCUGACUGCCGCCCUGGAAAAGUACAAGACCAAGAAGGAGGAAUGGGCGACACUUGAUGCUUCGUCCGAAGCAGCCGCUGCUGGCCGCCUGAUAGAAAAAGAGCGGGAGGCUGAAAAACGCUUCGAGAAGCUGAAGAAGAUCGGCGUGGCCAGACUUUCAGCCGUGCGGUCUGACGUCCUUGCGGCCGACCGCGACCGUUUGAUCAUGGUGGUGCAUGGCCAUGACUCCAGCAAGACACCGGGCCUGCCUGAUCUUGAACGACUGGGCAAUGCUCGUGCUUGGCCUGAGUCGAUCGAAGACCAAAGAAAUUUGGUUUACGAUCUGCUUCGUCAUACAUCUGAGGACUGCGGCAGUCAUCGACUCCUCUACUGGGUCUGCUUGUCUGACGAGGUCGAGCGUGACUUCAUCUUCAAGCCGUCUGAGAGUGCUUUCUCGGCUGUUGCUCGCCACUUGGGAGGCGGUUUUUGCGGUCGACAAUGGGUGCAGGCAUGCAUGGAUGAGGGCCGUCUCUUGCCAGCCUUGACAUGUCUGAAAAGCAGCUUGACGACGAAACAGGAGCUGUGCUUGCAUAGCUCCUGUAUGUCUGACGACUCUGCUUUGCCCGCAACUCGGAUGCUGGGAGCUGUUCUCGAUGCCGCGGAGAGGGCUGACAUUACAAUUGCAUGGACACGUCGCAAGAGAUGGCGAGAUGUUACUUGCAAGAAGUGUUCUGUCAUAGUCGACGGUGAGACGGCUGAGAAGUACAGGAAGAAGAAGCAGAGGCACUUCCACACAGCCAUCGAGUGCUUGAACGGUACCAAAGAUGAUGUGUGGCUUGCUUCGACAGCAAUGCCGCCCAGUCGCACUGCUGCAGUCGUGCUCUGCCUACACGGCCUGAUAGCUGGUGCAGGGGUAUCGUUGGACUGCAACUUCCCGUUCGUGCAGCAAACGAUUGGCUUUGACACGGUGACGAGAACUCUGUCUGCCUUCAUUGGCACGAUUGGGAACUUGGUCAAGACCUCGAGGAACAUGUGGAUUUUCGUCCGCACAAUGGGUGAUGCUUGGUCACACGUGGCAGUGCAGAUUGCAUUGCAAACCCAUGUCCACAUGGUUCUUCUGUCCGGAAGCCAGCUCUUGGGCCAGUAUCUGGUCAACAUCGUCUCGUGCCUGUGCGACCUAAUCGUGAAGCGUCAUGAUGCAGGUGAGGACUAUGGCAUCAUCAUGCUACCUGUGGGGUUUGUCAACGACAUCCUUGAGCUUCGCAUCUUGUUUUCCGAGCUGAUGGAGGUGAUGUCCAAGGACCACUACGAGCAAAGUUGGGAGUCCAUUCCCAAGAUAGCAGCACGCCUCAAGCCAGCGACUGCUGCUUUGUUUGACGUGAUCCCACGGGAUGUUCAGUUCGAAAUCUGCUUUGGUGGAAGAGAGAGGUACAUGAACAAGAUCGACUUCUCGACAAUUUCCACGGAUCGGCUAUUGCUUCGCUUCGUGGAGAUGGAGCUCCUCCGACGCCGACAGCUGGGUCACAUCUCCAAGGACAGUCACGAAGCUUUGACCCUCGAUGUCUAA